GGAGUUGUAGUCUCGACCCGAGGAACAGACAUGGCAGCCUGCUUUGCAGGGGGCUGUGGGGCCGCGGUGGGCCUGGCCCGGAGCUUCAGAAGCGCCAGGGUACUGCUCCCUGUACCAGCCUCUGCUGUUUACCGCGCCCACGUGGGGCCGGGACGGCCGCAGAGUACUGGGCCUUCGGGGCCCGGCACGUUCCAGCCACCGCCGAAACCCGUCAUCGUGGACAAGCGCCAGGUCCCGCAGCAGAAGAAGAGGUUCUUGAGUCCUGAAUUCAUCCCUCCAAGAGGAAGAACAAAUCCUCUGAAAUUUCAAAUAGAAAGAAAAGAUAUGUUAGAAAGGAGGAAGGUACUCCACAUUCCAGAGUUCUAUGUCGGAAGCAUACUUCGUGUAACUACAGCAGACCCUUAUGCCAAUGGAAAAAUGAGCGAGUUUCUGGGGAUUUGCAUCCAGAGAUCAGGAAAAGGACUUGGAGCUACAUUUAUCCUUAGGAAUACUAUUGAAGGACAAGGUGUUGAGAUUUGCUUUCAACUUUAUAAUCCCCGAAUUCAGGAGAUCCAAGUGGUCAAAUUAGAGAAACGGCUGGAUGACAGCUUGCUGUACUUAAGAGAUGCCCUUCCUGAAUACAGCACCUUUGAUAGGAACAUGAAGCCAGUAGCACAUGAAUCAGACCAAGAAGUUCCUGUGAAUCAGCUGAAAGUAAAAAUGAAGCCUAAGCCCUGGUCCAAACGCUGGGAACGUCCAAAAUUUAAUGUGAAAGGAAUCCAGUUUGAUCUUUAUUUAACUGAAGAACAAAUGAAAGAAGCUCAGAAGUGGGGUCAGCCUUGGCUUGAGUUCGAUAUGAUGAGGGAAUAUGACACUUCACAAACUGAAGCUGCAAUAUGGGGUGAAAUCGAAGCAUCGAAUAAGUCCUGAUUCUGCGAAUCAGUUUGGUGACUCAGAGGAUACACUGACUCUUCAGAAGAUGUAUUUAGAGGCCAAUUUAAUUUCAUUUAUAAGAACAUAGUCAUUAAAUCAGUAAGCAUUUCAUA